AUGAAGUUGAAUAAUAGCUACCCCGCCCAGGGCACUCAGAAGUUGAUUGAGAUUGAAGAUGAGCGUCUUCUCCGUGUUUUCAUGGAGAAGCGUAUGGGUCAGGAAGUUCCUGGUGACAGCGUCGGUCCCGAGUUCGCUGGAUACAUCUUCAAGAUCACCGGUGGAAACGACAAGCAGGGUUUCCCCAUGAAACAGGGUGUUAUGCACCCUACUCGUGUUCGUCUUCUUCUUUCUGCCGGCCACUCUUGCUACCGCCCAAGAAGGACUGGUGAGAGGAAGAGAAAGUCCGUUAGAGGAUGUAUCGUCGGAAUGGACUUAGCCGUCUUGUCUCUGGUCGUCGUCAAGCAAGGUGAGGCCGACAUUGCCGGUCUUACCGAUAUCACCCACCCCAAGCGUCUCGGACCCAAGAGGGCUACCAAGAUUAGGAGGUUCUUCGGUCUGUCUAAGGAUGACGAUCUCCGCAAAUUCGUCAUUCGUCGUGAGGUCCAGCCCAAGGGUGAAGGAAAGAAGCCCUACACCAAGGCCCCCAGAAUCCAGAGGCUCAUCACUCCUCAGCGUCUCCAGCACAAGCGCCACAGGAUCGCUCUCAAGAAGAGGAGGUCAGAGGCCUCUAAGGAGGCUGCUGCCGAGUACAACAACCUUCUUGCCAAGCGCCUUAACGAAGAGAAGUCCAAGCGCUCUGAGGUUCGCAAGCGCCGUGCUUCAUCAAUGAGGACUGGUGCCGCCAAGACCUCCGCUUAA